UGUUUGAAUAGGAGGGAACUGCGCUGCAUUAUUAUUCAGAUUGUCCUGCCGGGGGGAAGUUAGUGCGGUCACAGCACCUGUCCCUCCUCCGUCUGUCUGCUUGUGUGUUUAUUCGCCUCACAGCUUUUCUGCUAUCUUGUUGUUUUAGGCUUUUGUCUCAGCCAGAGUUCUUUCAGAAGGGAAGUGACCCAAAAAUACGAACACUGAACCAACAACUCAAGAGAAAACAGGUUUCAUGGUUGGCACGAGGAAGUUGGUGUGGUUAUGGAGAGGAAAGAAAACACAGUUUAUGAUUUGUGAGACACUAACUCUGUUGGGGAAAACAAAAGUGUUGGUGGGUAGGAGUGAUGUCAUGGCCGGCUCAGUCACCUCCAGUUCUAAAGAGCGCCCUGCUUCCAGAACCAGCUUCAUCCCAGAGCUGCAGAGCAUGAUGUUUGCUCUGGGAGACGCCCGCAGGCCUCUGUAUGAAACUGCAGCCCUCGUAGAGGACAUCGUACACACACAGCUCAUCAACAUGCUGCAUCAGGCCUGUGAGGGCGCCGCUCUUCGAGGUUCAAGGGUAAUUUCAGCUGAAGACAUCCUGUUCCUGAUGAGGAGAGACAAGAGGAAGCUGGCACGAGUGUUAAAAUAUCUUCAGUUUAGAGAUUACAAAUCCAAACUAUUAAAAAAUCUAGAGGAAGAAGAUGUGCAGCAGGAGCCAGGGGGUCUGGCUGCUGGGGGGAAUCAGCGCCGGCAGCGACUGGCCCAGGACUUCCUGGUAUGGAUGGACCAAACUGGAGAAUUCCUUUCAUUGGCUGAGAAACAGGAAGUUGACCCAGUCAAACAGGAGAGGAUGGAGUUGCAUUAUGUGGUUCAACCGUCCAUUUUUUAUCAUCUUAUUGCUACAACAGCCAAGAAAGCGUCAAAGUUUCGGGACUGGCUGGACUGCAGCAGCCUGGAGCUGAAACCCAACAGCAUUGCCACAGAGAUCCUCUCAUACCUGGCCUAUGAGACGGUGGCACAGAUUGUAGAUUUGUCUCUGCUAGUGAAGCAGGAGAUGACGGUGAAGACCAAUCCUGUCAGCCAUGUGAUCUCAGCCAGCUACAUCCACUACAACACACACACCGAGGUGAAGAAAGAUCCAGAUUCACCUGAAGCUACGCCCCCAUCCACUCCAGGCUCCUCCCACUCCUCGAAGCCCCUCCUACUGGGAAAUGGCAGCAUGGACAGCCGAGCCAGACAGAGGAAACGGAAAAAGAGCUCUCCGGCCACAGUGGAGCCCCCUAGUGGAGCCAUCCAGCCGUGUCACAUCAGAGAGGCCAUCAGACGAUACAACUACAGACACACAAGUGCAUACAGGAGGAGUGGGAUGACUUUCCUCACCUGCUGAAGCAGAGUUUAUAUCCAUUUUCUUGUUUGGUUCACUCUUAGUAAUAAAGACUUAAACAUGC